AUGGAACAGGUAUGGUUACUGCUCCUGCUGACGAUUAAAGUGCUUUCAGUGACUGCUCAGUUCAAUGGAUACAACUGUGAUGCUAACCUCCAUAGCAGGUUUCCUGCUGAACGAGAUAUCAAUGUCUUCUGUGGAGUACAGACAAUUACUAUGAAGAUAAAUUUUUGCACGGUUCUUUUCUCUGGUUAUUCUGAGACAGAUCUGGCACUGAAUGGGAAACAUGGGGAUGCCCACUGCAGGGGUUUCAUCAAUAACAACACUUUUCCAGCAGUGGUCAUUUUCAUCAUCAAUCUGAGUACUUUGGAGUCCUGUGGAAACACUUUAGUGGUAUCCUCAGCUCGAGGUAUCAAUGCUUAUGGAAAUACCUCAGUGAUACAGAUAGGUAAUGUUUCAGGCUAUAUUGAUACGCCAGACCCACCAACGAUUAUCAGCUAUUUGCCUGGGCUUCUGUACAAAUUUAGCUGUAGCUAUCCACUGGAGUACUUGGUUAACAAUACCCAGCUUGCUUCGUCAUCAGCUGCUAUUUCUGUAAGAGAGAACAAUGGUACAUUUAUCAGCACUUUGAAUCUGUUGCUUUACAAUGAUUCAACCUACAGCCAGCAGCUCCUUAUUCCAAGCACAGGUUUACCUUUGAAAACCAAAAUAUAUGCAGCUGUAAGAGCAACCAACCUUGAUGGCAGGUGGAAUGUUUUGAUGGACUACUGUUACACUACGCCAUCUGGUAAUCCUAGCGAUGAUCUUCGAUAUGAUCUUUUUUUCAGCUGUGACAAGGACCCGCAGACAACUAUAAUUGAAAAUGGCAAGAGCCAAAUGGGCCGGUUUUCCUUUGAGGUGUUUCGCUUUGUGAAGCACAAGAACCAGAAGAUGUCUACAGUCUUCCUUCACUGCGUGACAAAGCUGUGCAGAGCAGAUGACUGUCCCUUUCUUGUGCCAAUUUGCAGUAACAGAGAAAGAAGAGACGCUGGUGGAAGGACAACUUGGAGCCCUCAGAGCACCUCUGGCAAUGCUGUAAUCUCUGCUGGCCCCAUCAUUACAAGGAGUGAUGAGACGCCAACCAACAAUUCACAGCUUGCUCAUCCAAACGGACCUCCUUUCCAGCUGAACUCGGUCACCAGCACACUGAUUUCAGGCAUUGUCAUCCUAGGAAUCACAAGCGUUUUCUUUUUUAUGUGUUCCCUAACUCUUCUGCACAGAAAGUGGCCCAACAGUUCAGUCUUGAGUGGCAUCCGAAACCCAGUUUUCAACUGA